AUGGCAAAGCUGACAGGUGCGUCUGCGGGUUUGCUGGGCGCCGCCGUCCUCGGACUUUUCGCGGCCUCCCUCUCCGACGUCGGCUCUCUGCUCUACGGCCAAGACGGUCUCAGCGGAGCCGUCCAGGUCGUCUCGGCUGCCCCCGUCGACGCCUUGCAGACUGGCGGACAGGAGCGCCGCCAACUCGCCGCGGAGCUUGGCGACGACCUGGCGCAGGCCCUCGACGCUGAGGCCCUCCUGGCCAAGCUGGAAAAGCUCGAGUCCGACGGGCUCAUGGCCCCCCUCGAAGAAGUCCAGACCGCGCUCGCCGAAGCUCCAGAGCUGUUGCAGACGUUGGCAGCCGUGGCGGAUGCCGUGAACGGCUCCGACGCCGAGGAGGGGGAAGUUGUGAACGGCUCUGACUCCGAAGAUGAGGAAGCCGUGAAAGGCUCCGACGGCGAGGAGGGGGAAGUUGUGAACGGCUCUGACUCCGAGGAUGAGGAAGCCGUGAAAGGCUCCGACGCCGAGGAUGAGGAAGUUGCGAACGGCUCUGACGCCGAGGAUGGGGAAGCCGUGAGCGGCUCUGAUGCCGAGGAGGGGGAAGUUGUGGACGGCUCUGACGCCGAGGAUGAGGAAGCCGUGAACGGCUCCAACGAGGGCGGAUUCUUGGCUACCAAGACUGGCACCAAGGCGGAGGAAGAAGGGGAUAGCGUCAAAUCCGGUGAAAAUGCCAACGACGAGGCGGGUGCCGUGGACGGCGUGGAUACCGAGGAGCAUCUCCACCUACCCGCUGCCUUCCAGGCCCCCGGAAACGAGACCAGCAACCAACCCGAGGUGCCGGCUCUUGAAUCCAACAUGCCAGAAGCCCCGGUCGAGAAGCCUGGGAAGGCCCCGGAGGUCGCGCAGCCAGCUGCAAAGAAGUCUCUGUGGAAUCGCCUUUCCGCUCUGUUUCGUUCGCUCACUAAAAAUGGCAGGUCGAAAAACAAGCACUCCUCCUAG